AUGGCGUUAAGUCUGAGGAUGAUGAGGCUGACGCGGGUGAAACCAGCAGCAGCAGCAGCUGCUGCUGCUGCUACUUUGCGGCGGUGUGGAGGCAGCAGCAACAGCAAUAGGGGAGCAGCAGCGGCAACUGCUGCUGCUGCUGCUGCAGGGCCCACGAAUACCCUCAGCAACGGCAGCAGCUUCUCCUGCAACACAUCUCAGUUAGGUCUGCUGAACCGAGCAGCAGCAGCAACAACAGCAACAGCAGCUGCUACUGCGUUCCCCAGGCCUGUUGUGCAGCAGCAGCAGCUGCUGCUGGGUGUGCAGGAACUACGGGAUGCUGCUGUUGCAGCUUCUGUUGCUGCAGCAGCUGCAAGUGCUGCUGCUGCUUCUGGCGGCUUUUCGCUGCCGAUUAAGAAGGAAGCAGCCGGUAGGCCAGGGGUUGCAGCAGCAGCAACAGCAGCAGGAGCAGCAGCAGCAGCAGGUGGUGCUAAUGGAACUCUUUUCAACAAAGUUCUGUGUGGUGUCGCUCUUGCUGCUGCUCCUGCAUUCCUGCUGCAGCAGCAGCUGCAACAGCAGCAGCAGCAGCAGCAGCAGCAUCAGCAUUUAAAGUCAAGCAGCAGGGCUGCAUGGAUGCCACGCCUUGCUGCGCUGCUGCAGUCUCCUGCUGCACGGUGUGAAGGAGCAGAGCCUCCGCUUCUGCUGCAGCAGCAGCAGCAGAAGGAGCAGCAGCAGCAGCAGCAGCUUUGGGAGGCGAAGGGGCAGCUGCUGCUGCAGCAGAUGGUGGGGGAGCCGCAGAGCGCCUGGCCGCUGUCUGUACACCGCACGCAGGAGGUGCUGCAGCAGCUUGGCUUAGCAGCAGGAGCAGCUCAGAUAGCAGCAAACUGCCCUGUGGAAGACAGGCUGCUGUUUGCUGCUGUUGCUGCUCCCCCUCCUGAUGCUCCACCACCAGCUGCAGCAGCAGCAACAACAGCAGCAGCAGCUGAAACACCUACACAGCAGCAUCUUGUACAGCUGGCGCAGCAAGUCUUUCCCGUUGAUGCUGCAGGUCUUCUACCUGGUUCUGCAGAUGCAGCUGCUGCUGCUGCUGCUGCUGCUGGUUCGCAUUCUGCUGCUAAGCCCGCGCUACAGCAGCUUCAGAUGUCUGUACACCCCACAGGUAGCAGCAGCAGCAGCAGCAGCAAACCCCUUUUCCUCGUUGCUGUUGUCGAUGGACAUGGGGGGCCAGACGUCGCUGAGUUCGUGCAUGCGCAUUUGCCGCAUUUCGUUAGUGAGGAGCUGCGAGGUGUCGAUACAGCAGACCUUCAAGCAAUUCAACAAACCCUCGCCCGCGCCUUCUGCCGCCUCGACCAGGCAAUUGGCGCUUCCGUCGAUGCCGCUUACUCCUUAGGAAUUAAAAGAAGCGUAGGGGCCUGCUGCUUGGCUUUGCUGUUUACGGAGAAGGGAUUUGUCGUUGCUAACAGCGGCGACUGCAUGGCGGUGCUGCAGCGCAGCAACAGCAGCAACACCAGCAGCAGCAGCCGCAGUAGCAGCAGCAGCAGCAGCAGCAGCAGCAGCAAGGGCGUAGAGGUGGUGGAGCUAAACAUGCAGCAGAACGCCAACUCCCCCGAAGAAAGAAAACGUCUUCAGAAAUUACACCCAAACGAAGACGACAUAGUAAUAUGUAAGAGAGAGUGGAGGCAGCCUCGCGAACCGCAAAACUCUCUUCAUUCUUUUCUGCAAGUCUUUGGUCUCUUAGGUAGCGAAACUCAGCUGAGUUCGUGUUAUGUUAAGGGGCGUCUGCAGCCAACUGGGGCCUUCGGAGAUUUUGUAUUAAAAAAAGAAAAAUAUGUUGAUGAGCUACGCAGCAGCAGACGCCGCAGGUCUCCUAGCAGCAGCAGCAGCAGCAGCAGUAACAGCAGCAGCAGCGGCACCGGCAAUGGCGUCGGACCAGCAGCCACAGUAGCAGCAGCAGCAGCAGCAGCAGCAGCAACAGCAGCAGCAGCAGAGGAGACCUGGUCUUUCCCGUAUAUUGAUAUAAUGCCUCAAACGCGAUUUGUUGAGAAGACAGCAGAAAAUAAAUUUAUUAUUGUUGCAUCUGACGGCCUUUGGGAUUUCUUCUCCCCACAUGAAGCAGCAGCUCUUGUUGCAGCUGAGCUCAGCAGCAGCAGCAGCAACAGCAGCAGCAGCAGCAGCAGCAGCAGACGGGCAGAGGCUGCCAAGAGGGCCGCAGACGCCUUAGUAAGAGAGACAGUAAAGAGAGCAGCAGCAGAGAAGGGCAUUUCUGUUGCUGCUGCUUUGUCUUCACCUCCAAGACAGCGGAGACGCAUGUUUGAUGAUACAACUGUUGCUGUCGUUCUGCUGCAAGGUGCUUCCUUGUAG